AUGUAAUUAAAAUAAGAAUAAUUAUUACAAAUAGUUAAAGAGGAAUUACUCAAAAAAUCCAAAGAGAAACAUGUUGAAAAAGUUGUACCCUUACUAACUCCGGAUUUGGUUCAAUACAUGAUUGUUAACGACCUUCCAAUUUAUGAAGAUCAUUUAAAAGAAAUUUUAUAUGAUCAAUCAAAAGAGCACAUUGGAACUGUGAUACAAGAUUUAGAAUAUAAGAAAAAUCUUAAAGAAUAACAAGAUGAAAUGGAAAGAUAAAUAUUUCUUAAGAAAACUUAAAAAAGAAAACAAAAACUGCUAUCAUUGUAAUAAAAUAAUCCAGAACUAUUUUUGCAAAAAACAUAACCUCAACAACCUUAAACGUAAAUGAUGUAAUUGCAAAACAAUUUUGCCAAGCUAAUUUAAAAUUUUACAUAAUUAGUAGCAGCACAAGUUGUCUAAGAAAUCAAGUAACCAAUCAGGAAGGCGAAAGGAAAUGGAAAGAAAAAACAUAAACGACCAUCAACUCCAGAAUUUGAAUAAUCAUUAGAAUAGGAUUAAAAUGAAGUGAAAUAAUAAUCAUCCUAAGGAUAGGAUUGGCAGUAAACUAUUAGUCAAUAAAAUUCAAAAAAUAAAACAAUAACUGAAAAAAAACAUUAUUCACCCUCGAAAAUUGUAUAAAAGAAUUAAUAAAUCUAAUUCUAAUAGAAGCCUUAAUAGCAUUUCGAAUAAGAUCUGGAAGAAGACUUUCUUUCUAAUGAAAGCUUUCCUAAAUAAAACAAUGUUUAAAAAGUACCAAUUUAAAAUCCGAUUCAAUAAAGUUAUUUAACCAAUUAGUAGCAAUCAUCAUAUAUGGAUCCUCAAUAAUCUAUGGGUUAUUCGUAAUCUAAUUAUGAUUCAAAACUUUAAAAAUUUGACGAGCAAUCAAAAUAACCAACAAUCCCAGGAUCAAGAUCAAUUAAAUAUGAUGAUUUACAACAAGAUUAUUCAUCAGGAGACUUAGAAUCAUACGAUGAUGUUGAACCUCUGCAAGAUAACAAAUCUAAAUUUCAAAAUUAAUCUAACGCAUAGAAUUAGUUCCAAUAAAGUUCAGAUGAUUAUCCAGAUGAUUUCAUAGAAGAAUCAAAUGAUAGAUUUUAAUAAAAUACAAGCAACUUUUAUAAACCAAAAUAUUAAGCACCCGCUCCAGAAUAAGUAGAUUUUGAUGAUGAUAUUGAAGAUUUAUUAUUAUGA